CUUGAACUCGUUCGUGGAUAUUGUUCUCGCUUACAAGUCUUGUUUGGAAGUAAUAGCAACAUGCCGCUGCCCCAGGCCAACCCGAUGCCGCCGUAUUGGCUCUCGUACGCAUCCAAUCUGUCGAAACAUCGCACAACCGAGUACCUCCCUCAAGAGGCCGAUGUCGUGGUGAUUGGUUCAGGGUAUGUCGGCGCUGCCUGUGCCUACCACAUCCUCGAGAAGGACGAUGGCAAGAGACCUUCAGUCGUGAUACUCGAAGCCCGAGACGUGUGCUCGGGAGCCACGGGGCGCAAUGGCGGGCAUCUCAAGCCCGAUGUCUAUUUCAAUGCAGCGCUCUACGAAAGGAUGUAUGGGCCGCAAGUCGCGGAGGAGUUGACGAGGUUUGAGACGCAGCAAGUCACGGACGUCAAGAGAUUGGUUGAGAAGGAGCAGAUCGAUUGUGAUUUCGAACUCACACGAGCCAUCGAUGUGUUUGUUGACCGUCGAGUUGCCGAACCCACGAUCGCGGCGUAUGCGGACAUGAAAGCCAGAGGAUAUCGUUUCCCAGAUGACCUCCACUUCAUUGGAGACCCCAAGAAGGCCGAGCAGGUUUCGGGGGUCAAAGGGGCGCUCGCCGCCUUUACAUUCACCGCGGGAUCGAUUUGGCCUUACAAACUGGUCUCCCAUCUUCUCCGCCGCUGCCUGGAGUGGGGAGCGAACAUUCAAGCAAAUACUCCCGUCACAGCGAUCUCGGACGCACCUGCCAGCGAUGGACGAUGGAUUCUGAGAACUCCCCGAGGAGAAAUCAGAGCGCGAAAAGUCAUCGUGGCUACGAAUGCAUAUCUGUCGGCAUUGUUGCCCGAAUUUGGCGACAAAAUCACCCCAGCUAGAGGAGUCGCAUGCAGAAUCGCCGUGCCGGAGCUGGGAAAGACGGCCCCUCACCUGAACAACACGUAUAGCAUCAGGUACGGGCCCCAGGAGUACGACUAUCUGAUCAGUAAGACAGACGGCAGUAUCGUCGUUGGUGGCGCAAAACAAGUCGUCCUCCUGAACGACUCCUACUGGCGUAACAACACUGAUGAUUCACAAUUGAUCCCCGGUGCUGAGAAAUACUUCACUGGCUACAUGCAGCGAAUGUUUCACGGCUGGGAAGACUCGCAGGCGAGGAUCACGGACAUCUGGACAGGCAUCAUGGGCUACUCUUCAGAUCUCAUGCCCUGGGUUGGGGAGGUACCUGGAAAACCUGGCAUCUUUGUGAGCGCCGGCUUCACCGGUCAUGGCAUGCCCCGAAUCCUCGGUUGUUCUGUCGCAGUUGCGUCGCUAGUUCGGGGAGAUGCGAAGCAUUUGAGUCAGACGGGGUUGCCGGCGCCGUAUUGGAUCACGAAAGACAGGCUGGGGUCGAAAAGGAACAUCGCCCGCGAGUAUAUGGCGGGCUCUCGACCCUCGCUAUAA